UGUUUCCAGUCACGGAAGCCUUGGAUUGAGGAAACUUUCUUCAAGAGAGAGUGUGUGAAGUUCAUCCCUUCAUCUCGGGACCUUCACAGAUGUAUUCCAGUCUGUCAAGUAUGCCAAAACCUCAUCAGAUGUUGCUGUGGACGGCUGAUGGGGGAGCACUCUUGGCAACACUCCCUACCCCCCAUUUCCCUACAUCCUGGUCCCGGCGUGGAGCUGGAGGACGACUGGUCCGUGGAGCGUCACACCAAAGCCAGUCCCACUGACGCCUACGGGACCGUCGACUUCCAGGACACCGCCACACGAGUCUGCCGCGCCAAGUAUGUCCGUUUGGCGGUGGACUCAAAGCCUGAGGUGCUGUUGCAGCUGAUGCUGAGGGAGUGGCAGAUGGAGAGACCCAAGCUGCUGCUGACCGUCCAGGGCGGCGCAGAAAACUUCACCCUGCCGCCGAAAGUCAAGCAGGCCUUCAGCAAAGGAUUGGUCACCGCAGCCCUCAGCACCGGGGCGUGGAUACUCACCGAUGGCAUCAACACAGGUGUGUCGAAGUACGUGGGCGAGGCGGUGAAGACAUUCGGGGGCCACAACCUGCGGAAGAGAAACACAGUCGGCAUCACACCCUGGGGAGUCAUCGACAACAACACGGACCUCAUCGGCAGAGACGUGUUCAGGCCCUACCAGCCGCUGGGGAAUCCUCUAAGCAAGAGAGCCUGUCUCAACGGCUUCCACUCCCACUUCCUGUUGGUAGACGACGGCACGCUGGGAAAACACGGCUGCCAACAAGGCCUCCGGAGGAAGCUGGAGAAACACAUCCAGCUGCAGAAGAUACACCCUCGGCUGAACCAGGGAGUGCCUGUGGUGUGUGUGGUGCUGGAGGGGGGCCCGGCCAUCGUGUCCACCGUGCUGGACUACGUCAGCAACAAGCCCCCCGUGCCGGUGUUCGUGUUCGAGGGAUCGGGCCGCGCCGCCGACCUGCUCGCCUUCUUACACAAGCAGACCGCUGUGGACAGGCAGCUGGACGCGGACAUUAAAGAGGACUUCGUGGUGCGGAUCGGAGACGUGUUUGGCGUGGAGACGGCAGAAGCCUCUCAGCUGUGCAGUCUCCUGCUCCAGUGUAUGGAUCACAGACAGUCAGAGCGUUUCAUCAGGACCAGUCUGGGCUUUUAUCACGCCUGCUUUGGUCAUUACAUCACAAUCACGGAGCUGUUGGUCAGUGUUCCUCAGAGGAAGGGAGAGGACCCCACCCUGAAAACCAUCCGGAGACACCUCCCGUCAUCCGAGCUGCUCGUCUUUCUGUGA